GUGAGAGUGCAGUAUAGUGUUUCACGGUACAGAAUGAGUGUAUAGGUGAGGAAUGAUAACGGUUUACUGUUUAGACAAUUGAUUGAUGUGUAACACUUAUUGGAAGAAUUGGAUAUAAAUUUUCGAAUCGGAACAAAAAGUACUAGAAAUUAAAUUUAAAAAAUACCUUUGAAAAAAGUGGAUAAAAUGAUUACGACAUAAGUCAUGUAAUACGCUUUAUGUGGUUUAUAAGAAAGAAUACUGAAAUUUCUUAAAAGUUAAAAUGGCGAGUUUUGAUGACGAAAAUGAUUGCAUGGUGGAAACCAAUGCACAAUCUACAAAUGAUACCAUUCGGAAUGGAAUUGAAGACCAUGGGCUUGUGGCAAAGAGUGAGGAAUUGGAUGCAGAUAAUAUAAAAGACAAGGAUUCUCCAAUGAACGUCACAAUGCUCUCGCAUACUGAAACAAAGAAGGAAAUUCUCGUAAUAAAAAAAGAAUUAGAAAAGAAGAAACUGAAGUUAAUGGAUGAUAUUGAUCGACUGGAGACACAGAGACUAACUUUACUAGAAUCAUCGUCGCUGACCCAUGGUCAAAUAUUGAAACAACAGCAGUUGAUGGUAUUUACUAUUAAAGACGUGUGUAAAGACAAGUGUGGACUGGUACAGAAACAUUACGAAGAUGAAAUCUUCAAGCUUGAUAAAUACACGAAGGAAAUGGCUGAACAGAAUGCUGAAGUAGAAGACGUCAUUAAUUACAUAUCCGAAGCGAUUGAUGAGGCGAAGGCGGAUUUUCUUGGAGAUGCUCUUAUGGCUGUGAAAUUAAAAACUGAAAAUGGCAUAUCCCACGAGACGACUCCACCGAAAUUAGUGUACACCGAAUUUAAAGAGGGUGAAAUAAAAAAUGAGGUUUUGUCCACGAUGAUAGGCUCCAUGAAUGUGUCAGGCCUGACCGAAGAUACACAGAAUAUUAUAGUGAGCAAGUUUAUGGAAGGUACUAUGGCUAGUGUUCCCAACAGAUUGAUGAACCGGACGAGAGGCUAUUCUGUAGAAUCAUCCAGCACCCAAAUUAGCAGUGGUGAUUUGUCUGAACAGAUCAGUGUGGCUACCCAGACCGAUGGCGAAGGCGAGCAGGGUAGUCUAGGGAUUUCUGAAGGCUCGAUUGUAUUUACAGUCAACGUUGAUGAUUUGGAGAAUAGUUUAGAUCGCUGUAUGGAAAGUACUCCUAUUAACGUAAAAGGCCUGUCAUGGCGUCUAGUUGUAUAUAAACAUUGGAGGGAUCAGCUUCAAUUACGCCUCUAUUAUAAGAACUUGGAAUUUAUCGAGAAGAGUGUCGAGUACGUGGAAUAUGGAUAUACUUGUAAAUUAGUGAAUCAUCAAAAAGAAACAUGGUCUAUCUGUAAAAAGGAGUCUCACAAAAUAGGUCGCGAUGCAUGGUGGGAUAGUGUUAUCAGUUGGUCUCGUUUAGAAAACCCAGCAAAUGGUUAUGUGAAUAACAAAUGGAUUACCGUGGAAGCUAAAAUUACUGUGGAGGAUGUCAAGUUUUAUUAAAUUUAUUGUGGAUUCCCCCGUUAGGACGUUAAACCCCAUUUCAUUUCUUGUAACAGGAUUAUAAACAACUUGUUCGUGGAUUUUUUUUUUUACCGGUUCAAAACAUAGUGUUGUUGCUGGUUUGGAUUUAUUUGGUUCAAAACAUUUCAGUAAUUGUGGUGUUUUAUCAUACAGGAACCCGAAUUGUUCGUCCGGAUUUCUAAGUAUCGAUUUGAAAUUAUUUCAUUUCUAUCAAUUUCAGAGUAAUAUCCGGAUUUUUUUACGAUUCUGAAGACGUUCUGUGUUAUAUUAAUAACAAUGUUUUAAUUAUUAUUUAUUGUAUUCGUCCCAGGACAUGCGUAUGGACAUACUGAUGUGGUUGAUUUCUUUUAAACUGUACAAUUAUAAUUUGUUCUUAAUAAAACGGACUGUUUAAUCCGUAAAUGUAUCUAAUUCAGUUCGAAACCGGGUACAAAGUAGACCUGUCAUCAAAUCUAAUUUUAGCUCCUACGAAUAUAACAGAUUGAAUUGAAUAAAGAUGAUGAAUUCUGGGACACAGGAAUCUAUAAGAGGAAGACCGAAAAACAAUCAACUAGGCGGAGUCAGUUCGGCAGAAGACGAGAACCAAAGAAACCAUAAAGCAGGCGACGUUGUACAUGCCAAAGAUGGAAACAAAACGAUUGGCACUGUGAUGAGAAAUGUACAGACUGAAAGAACUGAUGGAGUCUCUGAAAAAGAAAGAUACAAUUCAUCAACCAGGUCGAUAGAAAACAACCAAACUCAAAACGACAAUACUACUAAAAAAGUAGUUUAUUU